CGAGAACAUUUUGGUUUAUACACGUUAAAAUGGCCGAAAACUGAGACAGUUCCCGGGUUACUUCGAAUAAACUAUACAUUUGUCAUGUUCUUCAACACGUGAUUGUUGCAUAAAGUACUGAUAAUGAUGAAAACUGCCAUGGAGAGGAUAGGAAUUGUAGGCGCGGGAAUGACGGGCGCUACCCUAGCCUCCCUCCUGAGAACGGAGUGCGCCGAGAGCAAGUUGUUGGUCCUAGACAAGGGCAGGGGUGUCGGUGGCCGAAUGUCCACCAGCCGGAGUAUGAAAGCAAACAGUUUUACAGUGGACUUGGGAGCUCAGUACAUAUCAAUUACAGAGGCAUACAAAGAUAAACACCAUAGAUUUCAUGAUGAGUUGACUUCAGAAGGAAUUCUCAAAACUUUAUCUAGUGAAAUUGAUGGACACAGAAAUAAAGACCUGUCUGUCACUAACUAUGUAGCACCAGAGGGUGUGAGCUCAAUAGUAAAGCAUUUCCUCAAUCAGUCAGGAGCAGAGUUGAAAAAAUCUGAACAGAUAACUCGAGUUGAUGUGAAUGGAAACAAAGUACAGAUGACCAGUGACAGUGGUCAGAUGUAUGAGUGUGAUUCAGCCGUGUUGACCAUGCCUGUUCCUCAGAUUCUGCAGCUCCAGGGCUCUAUAGCAGACAUCAUAAAUUCUAAGCCAGAUGUGAAGCAGAAUUUGGAGAAUGUUUCCUACUCCUCGAGAUUUGCUGUGGGACUGUUCUAUAAUCCUGGCACCAAAAUAAGUUACACAUGGGGAGGAAAAUACAUUACCGAGAAUCCCUGUGUAAGAUUUGUAGCCAUUGAAAACAAGAAGAGAGGGUUGAACAACCCAAAGCUUGGACCAUCUGUCACUGUACAUACAAAUGUCCCAUUUAGUUUGGAAAAUCUUGAACAGGACAAAAAUGUGAUGGUUCCCACAAUUCUUCAGCAUCUCAGAGAUGUUUUACCAGAGUUACCAGAACCAGCGGAAAUCAAAGGACAUAAAUGGAGAUUCUCUCAGGUCCACAAAGCUUAUGUGAACAACCCAGGCUGUGUAGUACUGAAUGAAUCCCCCCUGAUUGUUCUGGCUGGUGAUGGUUUUACACAUUCCACAAUGGACGGCUGUAUAGCAUCUGCGAUCUCCACAAAAGAUGCCAUGCUCAGAGUUAUAGGCAGCAAGUCUAAUAUAUAGGAAAUGUAAAUGUCAAAAUCAUUAAGUGUGUGGUAUUCUAAAAGGUUCCAGGUUUUGCAAGUGAAGAGUGUGUGUGUACAUGUUAUUAAGUAUUAAACAUGGCCAUAGGA